UCCAUUCAGGUUCUUCUUUCUCUCCCUCGUUGAUAAAAAAAACAAAAAAAUCACGGGAGAGAAAGAAAAUCCAAAAUGGGAGUCCCACCACCCGACGACCCGAAACACAAGAUCGUAAUGGGGUACCCCUCCAUGGAUAGGUACCACCUACAAGCUACCCCCGCACCCUACCCACCGCCCACUGUUUACGGCUCGUCGUCUAUCCACCACCAUCAAUUAUACCCCUCCACAUCAUCACAACCACCACCACCACCGUUCCAGCACGACGGACAAUAUCCAAACGCCGCCCCUCCGUUGGGGGGCAAUCAGUACAACCAACCGUACAACGAGUACUACUACCAACAACACUACAAGCCCCUCGUCCCACUAAACAACAACAACGACAGCGACAGCUCCUCUUUCGGUCGGGUGAUGUUGAUAUUGAUGAUCGUCCUGGUGGCGAGCAUGUGCAUGAUGAGCCUCGUCAUGUGGUUCCUCUUCGGGACAUACAUCCCCGAGUUCGAGGUCGCGUCCCUCAAGGUCUCCAAUUUCACCGCCACCGACACGACCCUGACGGGCACGUGGGAGGUGGAAUUGUCCGUGACCAACACCAACAAGGAGCUCGCGGUCAACUUCGACCGCGUGAUGUCGUCCAUAUUCUACAAGGAGGCCCUUCUGGGGAUUUCCACUCUGCAGCCGUUUCAGGUGGACCAGAUGAACCGGUCCACCGUCAACUUCUCCAUGCCGGCCGAGCAGAAGCCGAACGACAUGAAGCUGCAGAGCUGGGUCCUCCCGACCUUGUCGCAGGACCAGAGCAACGGGGUGGUGGUUUUCAGCCUGAGGUUGGCGAUGAAGACUAACUUCACGACGGCGAAUUUGGUUUACAGACAGGAGAACUUGAGAGUGUUGUGCGAGAAUGUGCAGGUCGUCUUUACGGUGGGCGGCAAAGGGACCAUGUCCCCCGGCUUAGGGAACAUUUGUUUGAUACGUUUGCAUGACGGCGACGAGGUAUCUCAGAUUAACGCUAAAGAUCGGUUGGGGAUAUGCAUCGGAGAAUCACAAACCAAAAAUCAUUAG